UAUUGCUCUUAGUUCUAUAAAGUUGUUUGCUUUUUAUUGUUUGGCUAUUGAUGAUGUUUGAAUAAUGUGGGAUUUGGUUUUUCUCUGAUUUGUUCAUGGUUUUAAAGAUUGUUGGAAUGGAGAGAUUGAUGUGAAUGUCUGGUUGUGUUGUUUUUUUUUUUGGAGGUAAAUUUUUGCAUUGGAUGUGAGAAAACAAUUUGUGGAGUUGAUUUUCUUGCAUACAAGUUGUGGAUUGGAUUGUUGAUUGUGUUUGAGCAGUUGGGGAUGUUGAAAUGCACAAUUUUUUUUCAUUUUUUUUGUUUGAACCAGUGAGGAUUUCAAGCUAAUGCUUGUUUGAAUAUGGCCUUUUUGUAUGAUCUCACAGUAUAAUGUAGUUUGAUAGCCAUUUUUUUUUUCUUCUUAUUAUGCUUUUGUUUAGAUUACUGUUCUUUGUUUUUCUUUGGGGAAUUUUUGUUCAGGUAAUCAUUCAAUCCUUUUUAGUUCUAUUUGAUCAUGUCUAGGGAAGUAAUGUGUGAUGAACAAUUGAAGGGGGUAAACAUUGAGUUGUCUUAGAUGAACAAUGCAGAUAUUUAAAUUGACAUAUUUAGUGGUUCAUGCAUACUUUAGCAUUGAAUAAAUGAAGAUGUUUGAUUUCAAUAUGGAGAUUUACAUUUUCGAUAUGUUCGUUCUUCAGUGCUGAUAUCCCUGUUUGGCAGUCAUUUCUGACAAGUUUAUGUGGGUAUUACAAACUAAAUCUCCACAGUGUUGUGGUACAUUCUAGUGUGGGCAAUUGAUACAUUAAAGGGUAGUGACUGCAUCCAAUGUCUUUAAGCUCUUUUAUCUUCUAAUCCGUAUUUCUGACUUUUUGUGGAACUUAGCUUCUCAUAUUAAUUCCAUUUGAUGUCUCUCGUCCGGGAGAAAAAAGCAGCAAACUUUGCAGCAGAGUAUCUUAUUUAUGCAAUGCAAGUUACAUAAAUACUUGAACAAUGAAUGUCAUUCGAUCAACUGAGUUCUUAAUAAUCUGACCUUUGGCUCUAUCGAAAGAACCAGGCAGGUUCGAGUCCAUUUUCAAGAUAUCAAGAAUGACAUUUAACUACAUAUGUUCAUUAGUGAGCGAAAAUCUCGUGGCAAAGCCGACAAACUUUGCUUACAACGAUGGCACGAUUCUAACUGUGGAAGAUCAAGUAGGUGUUGCUCUAAGAAGAUUGAGCUCGGGCGAGUCACUAUUCAAUGUCGGAAUAUCAUUCCAAAUAAACCCAUCAACCGUCUCUCAAGUAACUUGGCGAUUUGUGGAAGCAAUGGAAGAGAAAGCUAUAAACCAUUUAAGAUGGCCAAACUCAGAAGCUGAAAUGGAGUCAAUAAAGUCCAAAUUCGAGAAGAUUUGCGGUCUUCCAAAUUGCUGUGGUGCGAUAGACACCACCCACAUCAUGAUGUGCCUGCCUUGUGUAGACAGUUCGAACAACGUAUGGAUCGAUCUUGAGAAGAACCACAGCAUGGUCUUGCAAGCGAUUGUCGAUCCUGAAAUGAGAUUCAGAGACAUUGUCACCGGUUGGCCAGGGAGUCUCGAUGACAAUCUAGUUCUGCAUAACUCAGCAUUCUUCAAACUAUGUGAGAAAGGUUUACGGUUGAAUGGCCGGAAAAUGGAGCUGUUGUCAAAAGGAUCACAAGUAAGAGAGUACAUCAUCGGUGACUCAGGUUUCCCUCUCUUACCGUGGCUUCUCACUCCCUACCAAGAACAAAACCUUUCCGAAUUCAAAGCCGAAUUCAACAAAAGAAAUUCCGCGGCCAGAAUUGUCGUACACCGCGCGUUGGCAAGAUUGAAAGAGACAUGGAAAAUUGUUCAAGGGGAGAUGUGGAGACCUGAUAAGCAUAGACUACCAAGAAUAAUUCUUGUCUGCUGUUUACUGCAUAACAUCACUAUAGACUUGGAAGAUGAAUUGCAGAAUCAAGUGCCAUUGUCUCACCAACAUGAUUCUUCAAUGUAUAAACAGCAAUUCUGCGAUAUUAUCGACAAUAACGGAUUGAUUCUUCGAGACAAGUUAUCACAGUAUUUGUCAGGAAACUUGCCACCUUGAGAUUGACAAACUUGUGUUCUUUCUUAUUUUUUUACUUUUUUAUGUUUCAAAUGCUGAAGGGAAUAGCCUCAGAAGAAGUUAUGUUUGACUAUUGAUUGAUCAAAAU